AUGGAACUUGAAUUUGAAUUAUUACGUUUACGUGAACGUUAUUAUGAAUUAAUUGAACAUACAAAUACACUUAAAUAUGAAUUAAAUAAUGCACAAAAACAAUUACAUGAAAAAGAAAAAAUUGAACCAAAUUUAAAUGUUGACUUGGAAAAAGAACGACGACGUGCAGAUGAAUUUGAAAAUGAUUAUAAAUCUUUAAAAAUAAAAUAUGAUGAUGUAUGUGAACGUAUUCGUAUAGCUACAAAUCAAUUAGAACAUGUACAAAUUGUACUUGAAGAAACAUCACGUCGUUGUGAACAAUUAGAAAAAGAAAAGGUAAAGAAAAAAAAUACAAAAAAUAAUAAUAAUAAUUUCAUUCUCUUACAUAUCGCGUACAUAUUAUUCUAUGAUUCGACUAGUUCAGCUACGGAAAAAAUUGGUAUUAAUACAUAUGAUUUAUUAUUGCUUCUCCUUUUUUUUCUCUUCGUGUUUUUCUAUUCACUAUUAAAUUUCUUAGAUAAAAUAUUUCCAUAAGCACAUUUUUCUGCACUUAUUUUUUUUUUUCUUUUAUCUUAUAUAUAAUACUCCUCUAGACUGAGACGAUGAAUCCAACAUAAUUAUUUAUAUAUAGAUUAAAAUAAUUUUUUAUUGUCAUUUGCUUUUUGUUCUGGUCCGAAAUUAAUGCUCAAUCUGAAUAUCUUUCACAAAAUGUUCUUAAUGUAACAUCAAAAUAUAAAGAUAAAUUAAAUAUAAUUAAAGUUCGUUUAUAAGUCUUUAUUUAGAAUCCCAAAAGAAAAAAGAACAAGAUUAAAGAAAUUUUGAUUAUUAUUAUUAUAGAGAACAAGCAGAACGUGAAAGACGUGAAGUACAACUUCGUAAUGAAAAAUUUCAAAUGAUAGACAACCGUUCGAUGUAAAAAAGUUUGAUAUGGUUUCAUCAUGUCAAUUUAACUACUUUUUGAAUUGUUAAACAAAAUGACUGCUGGUUCAAUAUCUGCU